CCCCCUCCUCCUUCCCCCUCUCGGCUCUCUCGAGAGGCGAGGCCCCCGGGCGGGAUGGAGAGCGGGACUGCCGCCGUCGCUCAGUGUCGAUUCAUCGCAUCGGCCUCGGGCUGUUCCAGGAUGGCGUCCCCCCUCCACUGAUUUUUCCGGGGACAAAUAGUUGCCCCUUGCCCCUUGCCCCACCCCGUUUGCACGUAAUAUACGUUGCAAAAACAAAACAAAAGGCCUGGCCGAGCGCACGGAGUUAGAGUUGAAGCCGCGCGGGGCCUUGGUAUGAGAGGCGGGGAGCGGCUUUAGUAGAGCCGGAGGUGCGAGCACAGAGGAGUGGAGACUGCAGGAUGAAGAGGAGAGCAGCAGACAGAGGAGCUGGUGAAUCCUCAGCACGAUCCAAGGCUCUUUGUACAGGGAUCUCUGGAAGCAACAGCAAGAGGGCUGGCCCAUUCAUCUUGGGUCCUCGUUUGGGAAAUUCGCCUGUACAGAGCAUUGUUCAAUGUUUGGCGAGAAAAGAUGGAACAGAUGACUUCUAUCAAUUAAAAAUUCUCACACUUGAAGAUAGAGGUGAGAGAAUGGAAACUCAGGAAGAAAGGCAAGGAAAGAUGCUUUUGCAUACAGAAUAUUCACUCCUGUCCUUGCUUCCCAAUCAAGAUGGAGUGGUGCAUCACCACGGCCUCUUUCAGGAUAGGGCUGUUGUAGAAGAGUUUGAAUCCAGCAAGCUUGUACGGAGGAUGAAGAAAAGGAUCUGUUUAGUUCUGGACUGCCUCUGUGCCCAUGACUUUAGUGACAAAACUGCAGAUCUCAUCAAUCUACAACAUUAUGUUAUCAAAGAGAAGAGACUCAGUGAGCGUGAAACAAUUGCAAUAUUCUAUGAUGUGGUACGGGUAGUGGAAGCUUUACAUAAGAAGAACAUUGUGCACAGGGACCUGAAGCUGGGGAACAUGGUGCUAAAUAAAAGGACCCACAGAAUCACCAUCACUAACUUCUGCCUUGGAAAGCAUCUAGUUAGUGAGGAUGAUUUACUGAAAGAUCAGCGGGGGAGCCCUGCCUACAUCAGCCCUGAUGUACUGAGUGGCCGACCAUACAGGGGCAAACCCAGUGACAUGUGGGCACUUGGUGUGGUGCUCUUCACCAUGCUUUAUGGACAGUUCCCGUUUUAUGACAGCAUACCUCAGGAGCUUUUCAGGAAAAUCAAAGCAGCAGAAUACACCAUCCCAGAGGACUGCCGUGUAUCAGAAAACACAGUUUGUUUAAUCCGAAAACUGUUGCUUCUGGACCCACAGCAAAGGCUGACAGCUACCGAAGUGCUGGAUUCUCUGAGUUCCAUCAUAGCUACCUGGCAGUCUCUUUCGUCACUUAGUGGUCCUUUGCAGGUGGUGCCAGAUAUCGAUGACCAAGUCAACAAUCCGGAAAUCUUACAGGAGGCAAAAGUCACAGAAGAGUCCUCACAAUAUGAGUUUGAAAACUACAUGCGGCAGCAGCUGAUGCUGGCUGAGGGAAACACUAUGCAUGAAGUGAAGAGUUUUGCACACAAGCGCCAGUUCAGCAACAUCCCGCCGGUGCGGCGACUGGGCCAUGACGCUCAGCCCAUAAAUCCUCUCGAUGCAGCAAUCCUUGCUCAGCGCUACUUGCGGAAAUGAAGGCUGGAAACAGCAUCUGAAGCUCCACAAGCCAAGUUCACAGCACAGUAAUACUCAUUAUGCCACGUAGUACUGAUCCUGAGCAAUACAGUAUUCUGUGACAGAUAUGUAGCAUUGGAUGGAGUCUCUUCAAAAGCAUAACUGUGUUGUUUUAAAGAGACAGCUGAAGACGGCUUUUUUUAUAUAUCAAUAUAAAGAAAGGACAGUAUUGCAACAUCGUCUGGGGCAGUAGUAGAUGUUUAGUUUUUACUUUAUAUAAUCUACCUCUUUCUUCAUUGAACCAAGACAUUCUCAGAACUGUAGAUUGAGAGACAGGGCUGAGUUUUUUGUCCUAUGUUGUGACUCUGAAAACGACUUGUACUGCAAGAGAUUUUGAGAGCAUUAAGAAAUGGGUGUGUUCAUCGCUGUGGAGUCCCUUUUGCCUGCAUUAGCGCCAAAUAAUAGUGUAAAAUGUAGGUUGUUGGGGUUAUAUUUUUUCUUCCCCUUUUGUGAAAAUUUUUCUUGCAGAAUUCAGUGAGGUACAUUGUGUCCAAAAAAAAAGGAAAAUGUGAAGGAAAGAAAACCAAUAUGAUCCCCAGAUACAUUGUUUUUACUGUGUCUAAGAGCAAAGAUCACUUUAGCUGGCCUUUCCCAUCUUUUUUGUGAUUUUUAUUUUUAUUUUGUAGUUUAAAAGCUCUUAGCUUGGAGGUUGAAUUAAAAAAAAAUCUUAGGACGUACUUCAAUAGUUGUUUGUGAUCCAGGGCCACUGGAAUUUGUGAAGUUCACUGAGCUGCAGAAACUGUUAGAACACUAAAGAACAGUUGGGUGUGUCACAUUUUUAUUUAACAAGCUCAGGGAGAACAUUCACUGUUGCCGCUAGUAUUUUGUUAAAGCAUUCAAUGUGUGAGAUACCAACAAGUGUGGCUGUGUGGGAGUUUCAACACCCAGUGGUGGUUCUGUCCUUGCAUGCCUCACUUUUGAGUGGAGGGAGGGUUUGAAUUUUAUAGCACAGGUGGUUGCAGACCUCACUUAUGGGAGUGACUUGAGAUGAAUUGGUUAUCACGCGUUCAAAUAUGCUGACAGAAGUGUAGUUUGGUUUGAUUACCAGUAGGCCUGAUGACAACAAUGACACUGCAGUGAUUCUGAGCAUUUGGUGAGUUCAUUAACCCCUUCAGUUCUUAUUUCACUGCACUAAGUGAUUUGCAAAUGUAAAAUGUUCAUCAACCGUGACGUUGACCAAAUGGUCAAUGAUGAAAGAAGCCUUGGUUUGAUUGAACAUUGUACAGAUUAUGUACUGCUACUUACCAUCUUGUAUCAUACCUGCCUCUCCCUUUGGGCAGGAUGCAUUUUCUCUCUGGCUGCCAUGGACUAGUUGAUUUACACUUUCAUAAGUGACCACUAGGGGUUGCACGAUGAUGGCCAUGGUCAGCCAUUUCUCUCUAUCUUACAAUGCCUUGGGAAAUGGUUCGUAUACUGCUUAUCACCUCAUCCAGUUAGUCUGGCUCGGGUAAAAUACUCCCAGCCUUGAAGAGCUGUGAAUGUAUCAGCUCACUCCAUGAUCUGGCAUUAUGCUGGGCUAACAUUAUCUGACCUUUUAAGACUUGUCUUAGCUUGCUGUCAGCUCCAGAAGAGUAACUGGUGAAGAAUAUACAUUGACCCUUUUAGCUGGGGCAGUAGACCUUGAUCUACUCAGUACUGUCAUUUUCCCACCACUUUCGAAUGACUGCAGAGACUGCUAAAUCUUACCCCAAUCCUUCAAAGACUGAGAACCAGAUGCUGUCCUCCUGUUAAUCCAAGCUUCUGGCAAUCCUUUUAAAGGCUGGGUCUUGGGAAUGUCAUUUAACUGUAGCACAAAUCACUUAUGCCAGCCAGAUGUUGCCUAUGUGACUUUAGUAUGACAUUGGAUUCUUUUCACCCUAAUUUUAAUGAUGGAAGGGUAAAAUGAUUCAAAGGUGGUCUGCAGUAACAGAGCUUGGUGUACAUAUUUAUUUUUCUGUGGUGGCUUUCCAACUCCAUUGGGUUUCCUCAAUAUUGCUGAGACUUUCAGUUAGUAUUAAAACCAGUAAUAAAUGCCUGUCUUGCCUGAGUAUAUUUAACCUGUGAAAAUAUACAAGGAAUCAAGCUGAUUCAAAUCAUUUUAGUUUCAAUUUAACAUUAAAUGAGGGAAGGUUUGGUCCCUCAAAUGACAGGAGGUUGUACAUAGAAAUCUCCACCAUUCAGGGAUGAUCACAAGUGAUCUCUGGUCGAUGUGACCUUGUAGAUUCAUGUUUUGGAUUGGGGCGGGGUGGGGUGAGUGGAGAAAUGCUGUGAUGCGGCCAAAGGGUCUAUUUAUUAAAUACCAUGUGUUCCUCAUAAAGCUUUUAUACUGUGUGAUUGGGUAAACCAGUUCAUUGCUCGGGACAGGGAGUGGGUGAAGAUUGGCCUUGCAUUGAUGAUUUGUAACAUUCUGAAGAUCUUUGGGUCCUCAUGGAGUUUAAUGUUGUGGGGCUAGUGUGUAGACUGACUGUUGGGACAAUCUGUAAAGCCAUAAUGUUAUCAGGCAGCAGGUGAGACACACGGAUACAGGAGUGAAGUACUGAAAUCCUGUAUUGUAAAAGUUGACUUGGAUUAGUGAGGCAAGUUUUCAUGGAGAUCUCACAUGUCCUUUCAGUGCCUCACUAACAUGAGUUUGAAGAGGCCCUGCUUCCACCAUGAAUUGGAGGCAGCUUAGAUAAGCGAACAUAUCCAAUUUUGAGUGUGGUAUGUUAAUGAAUUUAAGUGGAAAACAAAGUAGCAGUUUGUGAUAAGACUCAAGUAUGGAUGCAAUAAAGUAUAGAAGGUCUUAAAAAUAUAUAUGUAAGUAAAUACAUUUUAUGAAAUGGUCUCUGAAGGCCAAAGUAGCUUAUAAAGGUGCAACAGGAGGGUGAUUGAAGAAAUGGUGCCCACUUUUGCUGGCCAGCUUAGACUGGAUCUUGAAGCUGGUUUGAUGUUGAUCAAGUGAUGCUCAAGUUGAGGCCUUGACCCAUGAGCUUUGCACUCCUUGAUCCUUAAUGUAAUAAUCUAGUUGAAGACUUGCAUUUUGGAAUUAGAGGCUGUAUUUCUCACUGGCUUUAACUACAGUUCUCAGGAUCCAUAAAAAUUUAGUUUCUGGACACCUGUCAGCACUGUGGAAUUAAACUUCUUGUAAUAGGUAGUAUCAGUGGUGAGAGAACUGUGUGCCUGCCACUGAGGACACGUUGGUGCUGUAAGGAAUGAAGGGUUUCACCAAAGACCUCUCGCUGCUGCUAUUGGGCCUUGGCUAUUGCUUAUCCAAAAAUAACUCCUUCAGGGAGUGCUGAGCCCACUUGUAGAGAUCAGCAGAAAAGCAGCCCUAUCACUUGUUGCAUUAUUAUUCACAGAGCAACUAGGAAAAACCCAGCCAAAAAAACCUUUGGAUUUUACAACAUGGACUGUUUCUUCAACUCUUCAUUCACUGAGUUCUCUGAGCCUUACUCCAGUCUGGCUGCUCCAGUUACCUUUUUUUUGUAAUAACUUGUAUAUAAUUUCUAAUAACUUCAAUUCAGUGAAGACAUGUAAAGUCACGUAAAGUAUUACCGUUUGUCACAAUUAGAAGCUGUGGCUUUUUACUUCAUCCUGGGGAAUCUAUCAUGCAAGUUUUUUUUUGUUUCCUCUAAUUAUGUCUUUAUGGUAAAAGUGAUUAUCUAAUCAGACUGGAAUAAUGCAGCAGCCCAUGCACGUCAGUUAUUUGUGUGUUUGAGCUGCCUCUGGGUGUACCCAUUGAAGUACGUUGUAUGAGACGUCAGUAGAAAGGAAUCGUGAUCAUUGUAUACAAAUUUGUAUAAAUAAAGAUGACAUAUUUUUGUACUUCAUUUAAAAUCUACUUGCAUGUCAGCAAUAAAUUUCAUACUGUAGAGACA